GGAGUGCCUUUUUACCCCUGUGUCCCCCCUAUUCCUUGUUACACCCGGUAUCUCCCUCUUUCCUGCCGUCUCGCCCUGUGUCCCCCCUCCAUUACACCGCCCGUUCUCACCCGGUUUUCUCCCUCGGCCUGGGCCCCACAUCCCCGCUUUCUCCCGGUACCCGUCCCCGCCGCCGGUGCUUGGUUGCCAUGGUGACUGCUUACUGGAGCUCCGGGCUCGGCGUGGAGCUCGCACAUUGGCUCAGGCCGCGGGCAGGCAGGAGCAAUAGAGCUCCGAUCAGCUGGCGGGAUGGAUGGGUGAGAGCUGUCACCCUGUACUGCUCGUAUACCCGGCCCUGUACACAUCCUACUGCCCCUGUAUAUCGCCCACUGCCCCUAUAUAUCGCCCACUACCCCUAUAUAUCGCCCUCUGCCCCGUAUAUCGCCCACUGCCCCUGUAUAUCGGCCACUAUCCCUAUAUAUCGCCCACUGCCCCUCUACACCACCUAUACCCUCCCACUGCCCCUCUACACCACCUAUACCCUCCCACUGCCCCUCUACACCUCCUAUACCCUCCUACUGCCCCUCUACACCUCCUAUACCCUCCCACUGCCCCUCUACACCUCCUAUACCCUCCCACUGCCCCUCUACACCUCCUAUACCCUCCCACUGCCCCUGUACACUGCCUAAACCCACCUUCUGCCCCUGAACACCACCUGUAGCCUCCUACUGCUCCUGGACACCACCUAUACCCUCCUACUGCCCCUCUACACCACCUAUACCCUCCCACUGCCCCUCUACACCACCUAUACCCUCCCACUGCCCCUCUACACCCUCCUAUACCCUCCUACUGCCCCUCUACACCUCCUAUACCCUCCUACUGCCCCUCUACACCACCUAUACCCUCCCACUGCCCCUCUACACCUCCUAUACCCUCCCACUGCCCCUGUACACUGCCUAAACCCACCUUCUGCCCCUGAACACCACCUGUAGCCUCCUACUGCUCCUGGACACCACCUAUACCCUCCUACUGCCCCUCUACACCACCUAUACCCUCCUACUGCCCCUCUACACCACCUAUACCCACCUUCUGCCCCUGUACACCACCUGUACCCUCCUACUGCCCCUCUAUACCACCUAUACCCUCCUACUGCCCCUGUACACCAUCUACACCCACCGUCUGCCCCUGAACACCAUCUGUACCCUCCUACUGCCCCUGUACACCACCUGUACCCCCUCCUACUGCCCCUCUACACCACCUAUACCCUCCUCCUGCCCCUGAACACCACCUAUACCCUCCUACUGCCCCUGAACACCACCUGUAACCUCCAACUGCCCCUGAACACCACCUGUAACCUCCAACUGCCCCUCUAAACUACCUAUGCCCACCUACUGCCCCUCUACACCACCUAUACCCUCCAAUUGCCUCUGUACACCACCUAUACCCUCCAAUUGCCCCUGUACACCACCUACAUCCCAUAGCCCUAUACACGGCAGUGAACCUACUACGGCUCCUAUACACUACCUGUAACUUCUCUUGUACACUAGCUGUAACUUAAUACUGCCCCUGCACACCACCCAUAAACGCCUACUGCGAUACACACCUCCUGAAACAUCCUACUGCCUCUGUAUGGUACACAAUGUACACCACAUGUACAUUUCCUACUACCCCUAUACACCUUGUGUAAAUGCAUACUGCUUCCAUCCACCCCUAUGCAUCAUAUACUGUACCUGUACAUCACAUUCUAUGUUCCUACUGGUCAUUCCAUAAAGCCCCUGUAGGUGUACAUCAACUAUCACAACUACAAGGCCUGUUUCGCCCUCUAGACCCGGGGUACAAAAUAGGUAGAUCCCCAGAUGUUAUAGGACUAAAACUCCAUUGAUGCUUUGCAUGUCUUUAGAAUGACAAAGCAUUGUGGAAGCUUUAGUUUUUAAACAUCUGGGGAUUCUACCUUUUGGGCACCCCUGCUCUAGACAGACCUUACAACUCCUACUGGUAAAUUAACUACCCAUUGAAUUCCCAUAGUGCCACAUGAUGCCCAGCACACAUCAUGUACAUCUCUUAAUGUUCACAUAGAUUACUCAUUACUCUUCCCCCUUCUGCUCCUAUAGAUCCCAUCUGGGUUAUAGGGGCCAGUACAUUAUCUGUAGGCCCCUAUAACCCAGAACAACAUUUGCACAUUCCUGAUUGCCCAUGUGGGUAACACUUUACACCUCCGUGAUCUAAUACUCUACCUGUUGGUCCCCCUGCCACCCAGUACCUCCCCUUCUUGUCCAAUAUGUCCCUCUUGUACCCAGUGCGCCAAUACAUACCUAGCACAUCUCCUAACACCCCUUAACUCAGCAUUUAAAACUCAGGACUUAGUAAAAAUUAACCUAAUAAAAGCCCAGCUUGGCAGCUAAUAUGUGUUGCCUGGUUUCUUUAGCUUUAUUUAGCCGUUUUAAUGUACCUCUAGUUUACAAUGAUAGCAAAUAGUUUCUUAUCUUUCUGCAGAAAGCACGGUGCUGACAAGGGUCAGUUGACUAAGGGAACAAAAGUGAAUUUUGAACUUAUUUUGGUCCACCUGGAUCUAAAAGGAGCACCGCCCAAAGUGUCAUAUCUGGCAAAGGUAAUACUGGAAGUGGUAUCGGAUUGUACACUAUUGUCAUUUAGUUUGAUUUUUUUUAUUAUUCAUUUAAUGGUGAAAUCUUUUUGAUUUAAUUUGCAAACGUUGAAUGGAUCCAGGAAUUAAAUUGUCUCACAAUUAAAAAGAUAAACUGCCAUUUUAAAGAAUGUGUAAUGCCACAUAAAAUUUCACCUAUACAUUGUACCAGCGCAUGUAUAACGUGCCCUCGAACCCUUCCCGGCUCUCGGCAUGCCUUGUAAUCCGAGGUCUGUCUGCUAGUUUGCCUGCCUACUGUUGUCCCAUAUCAGGGUAGCUUGUUAUGUUUGCUUGCUUCAAUCCGAUAACAUUACUUUUAAACAUUAGUGGAUGUACUGCCCCUCCUCCUCAUUAGCAUAGAGGGAUUUUGUGAGAAUUCUAUCUUUUUAUAAACAUUAAAUUAUUCUAAGAUCCAUUAUUGGAGCAUUCUGCUCUGCUCACAUAUUAAGAGAGGUUAUCUGAUUGUUUGUGGAAAUAGCAGUGAAACAUCCAAAAACAAACUGACGUGAACUUAACGUGGUGGCAUGAUGUGUCCUCAAGCACCAUCAAAAUAGGAGACAGUAUAGCUACGGGGUUGCGAAAUGUUCACAUUGGCGAGAGUGUUUUUUUUAAUUAUAAUUUAUUUAUUAAGUGCUAACACAUUCCACAGCGCUGUACAUGGUUACAAUUGGUGCACGUCAAAAUACAAAGGUACAGUACAUCUGAGACAGUACAAAACUGACAAACAAAUACAGGAGGAGUUGAGGGCCCUAUUCUCGUGAGAACUUACAAUCUAGAUGGGUUUUAAUUUGAAAUCCAGAAUUCUUUUUUGUCUACCACCAGAUCCUUCCCCUUUUCUCAUCCCUUGGAGCAAAUGGACUGCUAAUAGAAUAUGAAGACACCUUUCCAUAUUUUGGAGAGCUGCUCCCUUUGCGUGCUGCCCAUGCUUACAGGUAACCUUCAAGAAUGUAUAGUUCACUCUCUAAAAAUAAGUAUGACUUUCUGACUUAGCAUUGUUCCAUUGCCUGAGUAAUGGAACAGACGUUUCUUGCACUCAAUGGAUCAAACAAAAAAUGAAGCCAACAUUACCUUGUUUAUAAUAAAGGUUACCUGGGAUGUUAAACUACAAGAGAUGAUUUACCUUAUAGGAAGUUUCUUCAAACCAUGGCCGUUUCAUAAUAGAAAUUAAUAUAUCCUGUUCAUUAAUUUCUGUCUUCCACUCUUAGCCCUGAGGAAAUCUGUGAGAUAUUAAGGCUGGCAAAGCUUCACAACUUGGAAGUCAUUCCAUUAAUACAAACAUUUGGACACAUGGAGGUAGGUAAUGGGUGAGGAUCGGGGCACCACUGAAUGCUGUGUUUAACUUUUUGUCACUAUUAACAUUUGUCUCGUGUGUCAUCUGCAGUUUGUCCUAAAGCACAAGGAGUUCUCUCAUCUUAGAGAAAUCCCAACUUACCCAAACAGCUUGAACCCCCAUAGAGCAGAAUCCCACCAGCUGAUUCAGGCCAUGCUGCAGCAGGUGAUGGACCUGCACCCAGACAUCCAGUGGCUCCAUAUCGGUUCUGACGAGGUACAAUGUCAAGAAACCUCAUGUAGACAGUGGUUUGACCAGAGAUAACAUUAAUCGGUUCUGCCGGUAUGCCCUUUUUAUAAUUUGUAGCUUUUGUAUGUUUGGUGACAGGUCAGCGUGUGUCCUUGCCUCCUACUUUCAGGUCUAUUACCUUGGUGAGGGUGAAGAAUCCAAGUUGCUACGUACAGAGAGAUCCCUCACUGUCGUAAAAAUCUUCUUGUCACACCUCCGAGCUGUGGCUACACAUGUAGUGUCCAGGUUUCCGGGGGUAAAACCCAUCGCCUGGGAUGAUAUGCUUCGCGAAGCCAGUGCAUGCACACUCACGGGUAAGCAGUCCAGCAGAAUUUUGUCAGUGAAUGAAGAAUACAAAGUAAGGCAAGAUGAAGCAAAUCAUGUUCUGUUCUGAACAUUAGAAGCACUUAUCUCUAGGCUUGCAUCACAUCAAAGAGAACCAUCCAAAACAGGAGGUCCCCUCAAUACCAUUCUUUCUCUAUCCAUCGUUCUUAAAAACCUGAAAGGCACAUUUUAUCCUCCCUAAUUAAAAAACACCAUUAGCAAGUUCUUGUCUGAUGACACAAAUGUUUAAUAGUUACUUUGCUAUAAGUCUGUUCUUUUGCCAAUAUUUGUUACAUUUGGUAAAGCUUCACAACAAAUAAACUUACACUGAUCACCCACGUCAUUAAAAGCACUUGCCUCAUAUUGUGUAGGUUCCACUUAUACUGCCAAAACAUCUACCGGGGCAGUCACUUCCUCCCAGCGUCUGACAUCAUCAGAGGGGGCCCGGUCACGCUGUUAAAGCGCUGACUAGGCCCCCUGGAAAUACAUAGCAUCAGGUGGCCCUAACAGCAUGGGCCACCCAAUGGGCCCCUUCAAUUCGGGCCCGGUCGCAACUGCGACCCCUGUGACCGCGGUAGUUCCGCCACUGCAUAUGAGGAAUAGCCCACAAGACCUACCAUUUUGAGAUUUUCUAACUCUGUCGUCUAGCCAUCACUAUUUGGUCCUUGUCAAAGUCACUCAGAUCUUUUCGCUUGCCCAUUUUUCAUGCUUCCAACACAUGAAAUUCAAAAAUGGACAUGCUGCCUAAUAUGUCCCACCCCUUGACAUGUGACAUUGUAACAAUAUAAUCAAUAUUAUUCACUUCACCUGUCAGUGGUUUCAAUGUUGUGUCUGAUCAGUGGAAAUAAUAACAUAAGGAUGUGUUGCAAGACAUUUUCUGUAGCCUAGAGAGACCAGUCAGUUGGUUAAUGCAACAAAUUUAGAACUUGUAACCUGGAGGAUUACAGUGUAUUCUCCCUGCAGGGUCAUCUAAUUCUUUUAUCCUUUUGAUGAUAAAAUAAGUGCCAAUGUAAUGGAUAAUGGACAGUCUCUCGACAGCUGAUAAUUAGUUGUUACUAAGUAUUUUAAUGCCUUUUCAUGAAGUAAUAUAUGCUAUACAAGUCUGACUAUUGUACUUUUAUUUACUGUAAGAACAAUCAGGAUGUGGAAUUCUCUGCCUGAAGAAGUGGUUUUAACAGAGUCCACACAGAUGUUCAAACAGCAACUAGAUGCAUACUUGCAAAAACAGAAUAUUCAAGGAUAUAAUCUUUCAAUGUAGGGUAAUAACUGCUUGAUCCAAGGAUAAAUCUGACUGCCAUUCUGGGGUCAAGAAGGAAUUUUUUUCCUAGCUUGUUGCAAAAUUGUGCUUCAAACUGUUUUUUUUGUUUUUUUUUUGCCUUCUUUUGGAUCAACAGCAAAAAACAAAUGUGAGGAAGGCUGAACUUGAUGGACGCAAGUUUCUUUUCAGCUAUGUAACUAUGUACUGACUAUUGUAUGCUUUCUGACUCACAGCAAUGACACACAUAAUGAUAAUGCUAGACAUAUGCAGUGUAACUAAAUUAUUCUCUAAAAAAUUGUCAAAAGGAAAGAAAUAAAUGCUAUCGACAGAGAAGAAACAAACGCACAGAGCACGCUCACUUUGUUUUCACAUGUUAUAUGCGCUAGUUUAGGGGGUCACCACAGGUAUGAAUGUUCAUUGAGAUGUAAACACUGCCUUCUCAAAUUAAAAGCUGUUUCUCGUAGAGUCCGGAGUCCCGUCUCUGGUGCAGCCUAUGAUAUGGGACUACACCGCAAACCUGGAUGUUGAAAACAGAAGUAAGUCAAUGAGUGUCAGCGGAAGGACCAUUUCUGGAGCAAAGUGCUAAAAGUGUCACAGUUAAUUUCCCCACGUUAGCACUUGGCUCCAAAUUUGCUCUAUAUCAGUGGUUCCAAAACUUUCAAGGGGCCCUUAAUAUUUCAGUAUUUUUCCAAGGCACCCCAAGUCAAAAUUUCUAGGUUGCGUGUCUAUACAGCUCUGUGGCAUUUACUGGCGCUAUAGUGUAAUGUACAGUGUUGGUGUUUGAAGGGGUGCUUGUAUAUAGUUAUUGUGUUUUAAUACAAGGGUGUGUUUGUAAUGUUUGCGUUUGAUUGCAGGGGUUUUGUCUGAAUGUAAUGUUCACUUUUAAAUGCGGAUGUACAUUUGUGUGAAGUAUUUGUGUUUGAGUGAAAGAGUGUGUUUGUAUAUUAUUAUUUUUUUAGUAUGAAUGCAGGAGUGUGUUUGUAUGUAAUAUUUGAGUUAGAUUGCAGGAGUGUGCUUGUAUGUUGUGCUGGUGUUUGACUGCUUGGAUGUAUACACAUACAAACAUCCUUACACAGAUAUUCAUGCGCAUUAAUACACAGAUGCAUAUAAAUACGACACAUACACACAAAUUCAUAUACAGGUGAUACUCGAAAAAUUUGAAUAUCGUGCAAAAGUUCAUUUAUUUCAGUAAUGCAAUGUAAAAGGGGAAACAAAUAUAUGAGAUAGACGCAUUACAUGCAAAGCAAGAUAGUUCAAGCCGUGAUUUGUCAUAAGUGCGAUGAUUAUGGCUUACAGCUCAUGAAAACCCCAAAUCCACAAUCUCAGUAAAGUUGAAUAUUACAUGCAAUCAAUAAAACAAGGAGUGUACAUAGAACAAUAUCGGACCUCUGAAAAGUAUAAGCAUGCAUAUGGACUCAGUACUUUGUUUGGGCCCCUUUUGCAGCAAUUACUGCCUCAAUGCGGUGUGGCAUGGAAGCUAUCAGGCUGUGGCACUGCUGAGGUGUUGUGGAAGACCAGGAUGCUUCAAUAGCGGCCUUCAGCUCUUCUGCAUUGUUCGGUCUCAUGUCUCUCAUCUUUCUCUUGGCAAUGCCCCAUAGAUUCUCUAUGGGGUUCAGGUCAGGCGAGAUUGCUGGCCAAUCAAGCACAGUAAUUCCAUGGUCAUUGAACCAGGCUUUGGUGUUUUUGGCAGUGUGGACAGGUGCCAAGUCCUGCUGGAAAAUGAAGUCAGCCUCCCCAUAAAGCUCGUCUGCGGAAGGAAGCAUAAAGUGCUCCAGAAUCUCCUGGUAGAUGGCUGCAUUGACCCUGGACUUAAUGAAGCACAGUGGACCAACACCAGCAGAUGACAUGGCUCCCCAAAUCAACACAGACUGUGGAAACUUCACACUGGACUUCAAGCAUCUUGCAGUGUGUGCCUCUCCAUUCUUCCUCCAGACUCUGGGUCCUUAGUUUCCAAAUGAGAUGCAAAAGUUGCUCUCAAUCGAAAAGAGGACUUUGGACCACUGAGCAACAGAUCAGGUCUGUUUUCCUUUAGUCCAGGUAAGACGCUUCUGACGUUGUUUGCUGUUCAGGAGCGGCCUGACAAGAGGAAUACGACAUCUGAAGCCCAUGUCCAGGAUCCGUCUGUGUGUGGUGGCUCUUGAUGCACUAACUCCAGCCUCCGUCCACUCCUUGUGAAAGUCCCCAACACUUUUGAACGGCCUUUUCCUGACAAUCCUCUGCAGGCUGCGGUCAUCCCUGCUGCUUGUGCACCCUUUUCUUCCACACUUUUCCCUUCCACAUAACCUUCCAUUAAUGUGUUUGAUACAGCACUUUGGGAACAUCCAACUUCCUUUGCAAUUACCUUUUGAGGCUUUCCCUCCUUACGGAGGGCGUCAAUGAUGGUUUUCUGCACAACUUCCAGGUCAGAAGUCUUCCCCAUUAUUGUGAUUCCAACUGAACCAGAUUGAGAGACCAUUUAAAGGCUCAGGAACCAUUUGCAGGUGUUAUGGCUUACUUAGCUGAUUAGAGUGGGACACUGUGAUCUUAGAAUAUUGCACCUUUUCACAAUAUUCUAAUUUACUGAGAUUGUGGAUUUGGGGUUUUCAUGAGCUGUAAGCCAUAAUCAUCGCACUUAUGACAAAUCACGGCUUGAACUAUCUUGCUUUGCAUGUAAUGUGUCUAUCUCAUACAUUAGUUUCCCCUUUUACCUUGCAUUACUGAAAUAAAUAAACUUUUGCACAAUAUUCUUGAGUAUCACCUGUACACACCGACACAUACACACACACACACACACACACACACACACACACACACCAACAUAUACAUACAUGCACCCAGACACACAAACAUUAAUACAUGCCCACACCAUGACACAGAUACACACACUCACAUAAAAACACAAACACAGACACACAUAUACAGAUGUGUGCGCAGACACAGAAGCACACUGACAUAUACACACACACAUUCAAACUCAUACACACACACACACGUGAUUUUUUUUUUUAUAUCUCCAGCCACUCUCCUGUCAGUUUACCAUAUGUGCCAGGAGGGUGGCUUGGAGUCCUGCUGCUGGUGGGUGUGAGAGGUCUUGAGCUCUUCAUGCUCCUCUCCCCUCAUGUUGCGGCUGCCUCCCAGGAUGCUGGGAGAAAGUGACAGGCUGUUGCUUUCUCCCACCUGGCCGACAUUACAGGGGUCUGGUCGCGGUCUUAAAUAAUUCAGCAGUAAUGUUUACCCGGUGCUAUAAUCUUUUUUUUGUCAUCCCACAGUCACUCUGGUGGAGAAGUACCAACAGUGUGGCUUUCAGAAGAUCUGGUUGGCGAGUGCUUUUAAGGGGGCCACAGGGACAAACCAACAGCUCACUCACAUUGCCCAUCACCUGGAGAACCACAGACAUUGGCUGCAGGUAGCGGAGGCAGUGCCACAGAGCAUCCUACAGGGGAUGGCAUUGACUGGAUGGCAGAGGUAGGAUAUAUAGCACAAAGCAACAAGAAAACACCAAACAAUGUGAUUUAGCAGUUCCUAAAGAUUUCAUUUUUCAAAUAUGACCUAGUAUAAGUUAUUAUUACCCAACUCAUAUGUACUCAUUGCAAGGGUGAUAAGCAGAGUUGACCUUCUGGGUAUAGAAUUUACAAAUCUGAGCUCGGAGAGGUAACAUAGCCCUAUGUCUUGCAAAAUGCCAGGUGGCAGAGUCAGUUUUUAUAUACAAAAUAGCUUACUAUCAGUUGUAGACAAUUAUUUCACCAGCACACCGUCGUAAUCCACCUUUGUCGUAGUUUGUCGUAAUCCACCUUUCUUCUUACUGUGCAGGUACGACCAUUUCUCAGUGCUGUGUGAGCUGCUUCCAGUUGCGAUUCCAUCCUUGGCUGUGUGUCUGCAAUUCCUAAAACAUGGUACAGUUCAUGUCUCCUGUUUCAGCUUCUUCCACUUUGUUUAAAAGCAGAAUGUAGCAUGAAAUGAAAGUAGAUAUUUCCCCAGGGUCUCCUUAUUGAUGGCUACUGAGAAUUCAUACUAGCUAAGUCAGAUCUUCAUUAUAUUGUGCUAAAUGGCUGAAGGGCAUUUCACAGCUACAGCGAGGCUGGCAAGGUCUGAAAUAUGCCCCAAACACAAAAAGAAAACAUGCUUUAAUUCCUGUGGUUAGAGAGUAUACAAUGAGUGAUCAUAGGCAGAGUUAAAAAUAUGAACAUUUAAGUUGUCAUUAAAAAAUCGGCCAAAAUAAAAAAAAAUCUGGAUAUUGAUUAAAAUGUCCUGAGAGUUAAUAGUCACGAUUAACUCUUAAGAAAUUUUCUGCUCCUGGCACUUAGUUAUAGAGUGUUCUACACAGUGACAUUUAUUGUGUGUAGUCGUUAAGGUAGAAUAAUGAAUCAUUUAAAUUAAUUUUUAGUUUAUAAUGAUACUCUGUUAAGCACAACACAUUUCCUUAAAAAUUUGAGUUUUAAUUUUUAAAAGAUAACUGUCAUCAGAAUUUUUUAUUAUUAUUAUUAUAAGAAUCCUUUCAACAUGUAAAAAGAUAAGCAUUUUUUUUAAAAUGAAGUAUAUGUAAAAAUACCUGAAAAUCUGGCCAACUCUGCCCUGCUUAGCAGAGCACAUAGGACGAUGACUGAUGACCUCACCACUCUGUGCAAGGAGCAAAGCAGGAGCCUAACGGUCAGAUUCUAACUUGGUUCGACCAAAGGUGUUCUGUAUGGCAGAAGGAUCUAGUGUUCUGCGAAAGUAGGGGACAGAUUUUCAGGUAUUUUUUAUUUUAUUUAAAAAAAAAAUUGUUUUUUUGCAGUGCAUAGAAUUUUAACAACAUGUGUGCGGUGCCCCAACGGCAUUCCUUAAACACAACAAAACAUUGGGGUAUUCAAGAUUAUGUGCACAUUUUUUGUGGUUAUAAUAACAAGAGUAAUCAUGUUUCAGUUAUUGCCUGCCAGGUGGGGACAUGGGGAGUCGGCCGCUGGGUGGGGCGGCGAGCCCUCCUCCAGUGUGGGCGAUGUUUCGGGGUUGCGCCCCAAUUGGCCUUUGGCCCGGGUAGGCCAGUAGUAGGUGGCACAGGCUUUAGUAGAGUCUCCUGUGCCCUCUGGCUCUCAACCCUCCGGUCUGCCUCCUGUGGCUGUGCCGGUUUAAUCGUGCAGCGACACCGCAGGGCUUCCCAGCGUUGUGGUGGUAUGGGUGGGCAUAGUUUGCUCCACAAUUUCCGCCAGAAUUCUUGAAAUUGUCUGUCCAGCCGGGUAAGUAUGUCGCUGGAAUGCGGGAGCCAAGCUUCCUCCGCCAAGUUGAUGGGGCUGCGAGUUUGCAGGUCUGUUCUUGCAAUAGAUCCCCUUGAUUGCGUGUAGGUCAGCUCACCCGGCGGGGACCGAGUUAUAGAGUGCGACCUGGUAGGCCUCUGUCUGGUUUGCAAGGCUGAGUUACAAGCUUCCGCCAUUUUGGAGGCCCUUACCCCCCCGUCUUGCUUGGAGAGGUCGCGGGCUUACAUGGAGGUUGCCGGGUGCGGGGCUCUCUGGCUGGCGGGGACCGGGAUGUCCCCCACCGGUCCAUGGGGGGGGGGGUAGUGUCCCAAGCAUACUGUUGGCCAUGUGCUUCUGCCGGGAAAGCGGCCGCCUUUCUCCGCCGCCUCCCUCGGUAGGCCCCUAUGUGCACCGUGUGGGUUUGGUGUCUCUGGGUUCGGGCCGGUUUCCCCAGUCCAUUGGACCACCUCCAGGGGGGUGAGAGCACUUUAGCCCGAUUUAUGCACCGUUUUUAUGCUUGAUGAACAGGAGCUAGUGCAGAGCAUGUCUUCUCUGCUCGCUAGUCAGGCUCCGCCCACCGAUUUUCAGAUAUUUUUACAUUUACUUAAUUAAAAGAAAAAUUAAAAAAGUCAUAUCUUUUCAUUACAUGCUGCAAAGAUUCUUAAAAUAAUAAAGAAAAAGAUUUCUGGUGACAGUUGUUCUUUAAAAACUAUCAUUCUUACAUAUGUUUGGCUGCCCGGGUUUAAAACAGUUUAAAUUAUAUCAGUCUAUAAGCUAAAGAGACACCCGUAUUAUACAAGGUUCCCUAUAACAUAUCCUUGCUUUUUAUUACAUAUCAGGUUCCUGUUCUGAGCAAGUGAUUGGCUCCGUGAAAAGCAUCCUGGGAAUGCCACAUUUGGAGAUUGAAAACUUUGUAAGGUGACCUUAACAUCUGCUGCUGGUUUCAUGGGUGUCUUGAGCUAGGUUCCGAGCAGUAAACAUGCCAUCAUUGUUGUUCAUUGUAAGAUCUAAGCACCUACCAUUCUAGGUCUUGCAAAAUACAGUGCAACAGGGAUAAAACUGCUAGUAAUCAGAAAUGUUAUUUGUACCGUGGAUGUCCUUAAAAAAAUUCACACUCCAGAAAAUGUGAUUUAAACUCAAACUGUGGGGAUAGUGGUUUAAUUUAGAACAUUAACACUCAGUCCUUUCUAGGUCAAUAGUCCAAUGUUCCCAAUCUGCAAUUCUAAAAUGUCCCUAAUGCAGAUAAAUAUGUUUUGUUGUUUUUUAUACAAUUCAGUGUAUCAGUUUUGCGCUUUAAUAAAUAUUGGUUUGAGGAUUACCAAGAUUUUAUUGUGCAGUUCUAACCAUCUAUUGUUUCAUUAAAGGCACACUGUAGGCACAUAGCGACUUCAGCUGAUUAAAGUGGUUAUGGUGCCUGGAGUUAGCAGGUGGCAAGGGCUACAUGGCUGUUAUACAGUUACUCACUAUUUAGCUUUGAUGCUCUGUACCCAGCAGGCUGCAAACUCUCUCUUAAUGAUGAUAUGGCACCUCACACCAUGCCAGGGAUACCAGGCAGUGCUCUGCUGAGAGUAUUAGCUGAUCCCUGCCCGCAAUCCAGGUAUUCAUUUGCAUGUCGUUUUGCCAUAUUGUGAUUGGGGGCCUGACAGCAGAGAAAGUGGUUAUGCUGUCUACAGUGUCCCUCUAACCAUCUGUUAGCCUAAAGAGACAGGUAACCAUUUUUCCUUUUUUUUUUUCACUCUUUCAAUAACACAAUGACUAUCCUAAUAACAGCGAGCCAACGGGGACUUUUCCUGGUAGUGAUCUUCUAACUCUCAUCACGCAAAUCAUUUGUUUCCUGAAGACAUCUAUGAAAGAUUUUCUGGAAGGGAACAGGUCAGUAGCAGUGAGUCUGGAGGGGAACACGUCAAUGCAGUUAACAGGGAGUCUGGAAGGGCACAGGUCAGUGGUAAUAGCAGUGAUUUACAUGAUGCAGAACAGGUCAGUGAUAGUAGAGGUGAAUAAAGUGCAGAGAACAUGGAAUGGCUGCUAGUAGGGAGUAAAAUUAAGGGAACAGGCCAGUGCCAGUAUCAGUGAGUCAAGAAAUAAACAGGUCUGGCCUUGUAGCAGUCAAUCUGGAAGCAGAAAAGUUCAAUGCAAUAGCAACCAGUAAUUAAUAGGGAGAUGAGGGCAGGGCAGUUUUAUUAGUUGGUAGUCUAAAGGGCAGCAAGCCAGGGCUGGCAACAGGAAAACUGGGGAGGGGGGGGGAGUAGGUCAGUGCCAGCAGCAGUGAGCCUGUUGGGGAGAAGGACAGCACUGGCAGCAGUGAGCCUGGAGAGGAGCAGGUCAGUGCCGGCAGCAGUGAGCCUGGAGAGGAGCAGGUCAGUGCCGGCAGCAGUGAGCCUGGAGAGGAGCAGGUCAGUGCUGGCAGCAGUGAGCCUGGAGAGGAGCAGGUCAGUGCUGGUAGCAGUGAGCCUGGAGAGGAGCAGGUCAGUGCUGGUAGCAGUGAGCCUGGAGGGGAGCAGGUCAGUGCCCGCAGCAAUGUCUGGAGAGGAGCAGGUCAGUGCCGGCAGCAGUGAGUCUGGAGGGGAGCAGGUCAGUGCCGGCAGCAGUGAGCCUGGAGAGGAGCAGGUCAGUGCCGGCAGCAGUGAGCCUGGAGAGGAGCAGGUCAGUGCCGGCAGCAGUGAGCCUGGAGAGGAGCAGGUCAGUGCCGGCAGCAGUGAGCCUGGAGAGGAGCAGGUCAGUGCUGGCAGCAGUGAGCCUGGAGAGGAGCAGGUCAGUGCUGGUAGCAGUGAGCCUGGAGAGGAGCAGGUCAGUGCUGGUAGCAGUGAGCCUGGAGAGGAGCAGGUCAGUGCCGGCAGCAGUGAGCCUUGAGGGGAGCAGGUCAAUCAUGGAGUGAGCUUUGGUUGGUGUGUGUGACCCCUCUGCUUUUUUGUUUGGAUAUUUAGGUUUGUCACAGGCUGGUUCAGUCCUUACCACCGGAAGCGGAAAAUUGUUCAUCCAAUAAUGGUGCAGCAGAUCCAGCCAGAGGCGAUAAGGUAAAAUCUUAAUUGUUGUUCUGUUAGCAGAAAACAAAGCUUUCUUGGACAUGUAGUUCAGCUAUUAGCUUUGUACUUAUAAUUGCUGUUAGCCGAUGUACAACUCCCAGAAACAGGGCUGGAUUUAGCCUCUUUGCUGCACCAAGGCCAGUUUCCUCCAUACCCCAUCGCUGGCCCAUUGUACAUACAUACAUAUUAUAUACACAGUAUGUACCUGUCAUUAAUGAACAGCAAGGGAAAUAAGAUGUGAGAGCUCCUCCGCAAUACAACGUACAGAAAUGUACAGUGUUUAAGUGUAUGACAGAGCCCCAAUGCAAUAAAACUGGCUGAGAGUGAUGUAUGUGAAGGCUGUAUUAUGACUUCAGGCAACUACACAUUUUAUUAUUUAAUUUAAAAAAUAAAAUAAAAAGUGGUCAUGCAAAAACUACAACUAAAUAAAUUUUGCCAAAACCUAGAAAAUGCAUAAAAGCUGCAUUGGUGCCUGGAGUGAACACUCAUGGUUUUCUAACAUUCUCCAUGUGCAGCAUGGGCAUAGGAACCCCCACAAAUCUGGGAGGGAUAGCAUUCUUACUUGCCGGGUAUAUUCUUAUUCAGUAAACUGGGAGUUGUUUAUCCCAUUGUACAGCGCUACGGAAUUUGAUGGCGCUAUGUAAAUAAUAAUAAUAAUGUUACAUUUUAAGUGUGUGACAUAAUAUGUGAAGCAUAUCAGUGUAUCGCAUAGCUCCACAGCAAUACAACUGACAGUAAUGUGUGAGGUGCAAGUACAUCACAGAACACCUCAGCAAUAAAAUGCAUGGGAAAGUGCAGUGUGUGAGUGUAUCACAAGCUCUACAGCAAAAUAACUCUCAGGAACGUGCAGUUUGUGAGCGUAUUACAGAUCACCUCAUCAAUACAAUGCACAGGAAUGUACAGUGUUUGAAUAAAUAUCAGCCAACCCAAUGUGUGGCAAAACACUGCACUUCAACAAUCAGCAUCUCCUCACAAAGAUGCGUUGAAUCAAUGCAUUUCUAUGAGGAGUGUUCAGCGUGAAUGCUAGUGCUUCACGUUGUGCAACACAGGACUAGGAAGCACCUCUAGUGGCCGUCUGAUAAGGUAUUCCUCGGCAGUAAUGUAAAUACUGCCUUUUUCUGAAAAAGGCAGUGCGCUUACAUUAAAAUGCCUGCAGAGACAUGCUAUAAGCACCAAAACUACAACGUUUAGCCGUUCUGGUUCUGGUAACUAUAGUGUCACUUGAAUAUAGAGGGGGAAAAAGAAUCAUCACAAAUGUAUGAAAUUAAAAUGUCUAUCAUUAUUCUAAAAAAAUAUAUAUAUUUUUUUUUAAACGGAAAAAAAAACCUAUGCACAUUCCUAGCUCGAUUUUGUAGCACAAACCCUGACACAAACAUUUGUACUUUGCAGAUUACUUUUUAUAUUUUUUUAAUACAUAUACAGACUGUGUAAUACUGCCCCUUAACCCCCACCAACCAGCACAUAAAUUAGCACAAAUGUAUGAUGUAAAAUGGCUGUAUCAUUAUUCAAAAAAUAAAAAAGCACAACUACUGACACAAAUAUUUUGUAUUUACAAAUAAAAAAAAUAUUUUUGUAAACAAUGUGCAGAUAGUACUGUACUAAUGAUAUCCCUGGCUGGAUAGGAGCAUUCCAUGUGCUCAGUAUGGCAUCCCUGGCCGGAUGGGAGUAUUCCAUGUGCUCAGUAUGGCAUCCCUGGCCGGAUGGGAGUAUUCCAUGUGCUCAGUAUGGCAUCCCUGGCUAGAUGUGAGCAUUCCAUGUGCUCAGUAUGAUAUCCCUGGCCAGAUGUGAGCAUUCCAUGUGCUCAGCAUGGUAUCCCUGGCUGGAUAUGAGCAUUCCAUGUGCUCAGUAUGGCAUCCCUGGCUGGAUAGGAGCAUUCCAUGUGCUCAGUAUGGCAUCCCUGGCUGGAUGUGGGCAUUCCAUGUGCUCAGUAUGGCAUCCCUGGCUAGAUGUGAGCAUUCCAUGUGCUCAGUAUGGCAUCCCUGGCCGGAUGUGAGCAUUCCAUGUGCUCAGUAUGGUAUCCCUGGCUGGAUGUGGGCAUUCCAUGUGCUCAGUAUGGUAUCCCUGGCUGGAUGUGGGCAUUCCAUGUGCUCAGUAUGAUAUCCCUGGCUGGAUGUGAGCAUUCCAUGUGCUCAGUAUGGUAUCCCUGGCUAUAUGUGAGCAUUCCAUGUGCUCUGUAUGGCAUCCCUGGCUAGAUGUGAGCAUUCCAUGUGCUCAGUAUGGCAUCCCUGGCUAGAUGUGAGCAUUCCAUGUGCUCAGUAUGGCAUCCCUGGCCGGAUGUGAGCAUUCCAUGUGCUCAGUAUGGUAUCCCUGGCUGGAUGUGGGCAUUCCAUGUGCUCAGUAUGGUAUCCCUGGCUGGAUGUGGGCAUUCCAUGUGCUCAGUAUGAUAUCCCUGGCUGGAUGUGAGCAUUCCAUGUGCUCAGUAUGGUAUCCCUGGCUAUAUGUGAGCAUUCCAUGUGCUCUGUAUGGCAUCCCUGGCUAGAUGUGAGCAUUCCAUGUGCUCAGUAUGGCAUCCCUGACUAGAUGUGAGCAUUCCAUGUGCUCAGUAUGGUAUCCCUGGCUGGAUGUGGGCAUUCCAUGUUCUCAGUAUGAUAUCCCUGUCUAAAUGUGAGCAUUCCAUGUGCUCAGUACGGUAUCCCUGUCUAGAUGUGGGCAUUCCAUGUGCUCAGUAUAUCCCUGGCUGGAUGUGGGCAUUCCAUGUGCUCAGUAUGGUAUCCCUGUCUAGAUGUGAGCAUUCCAUGUGCUCAGUAUGACAUCCCUGGCUGGAUGUGAGCAUUCCAUGUGCUCAGUAUGACAUCCCUGGCUAGAUGUGAGCAUUCCAUGUGAUCAGUAUGAUAUCCCUGGUUAACCCCUCUAUCCACCCGUCCCUAAUCGUUUCCCCUCCAACCACCUAGCCUCCUAACCCCCAUAAAACAAGUAAUAUAUCUUCUUGUACUUACAGUACUGAAGACUCCAGCAGUGCUCUGGGCUCAAGGUUCAGGGCUGAAAGCGCAAGGCGCAGCUCUGCAGUUGUAGGAGACCGGGGCUCACCCUAGCGUUGCCGUGACUCCACAUGACAUCAUGGAACGCGCAUACGCAGAGGGCAAGGGAGGUCGGGAGGAGGAGCAAACAAAGUCCUUUACUAUGCGGCGAUGCCGAAUAGUGGAGGAUUCAAUCAGAUCAGGAUUUGAGAGGGAACAUUUUUAGCAUAUUAUUGUGGGCAGCGGGGCUCAAGAGGCAGCUGCCUUGGGCCCCCCAGGAGCAACUGGGCCCGGGGCAGCUGCCCCUUUUGCCCCAUGUUAAUGGCUGCCCUGUGACCACAUUUCCUAACUGCCAUUUAGGGACACUUACUACCCCCUCUACCCCUUCCAUUCAUAUUACUACACUAUCCCUUCCGUUCAUAUUACUACCCACCCCCCCAUAUCCCAUACCCCUUCCGUCCAUAUUACUACCCCCCCCAUAACCCUUCCGUCCAUAUUACUAACCCCCCAUACCCCUUCCGUCCAUAUUACUAACCCCCCAUACCCUUUCCGUCCAUAUUACUACCCCUACCGUUCAUAUUACUACCCCCCCAUACCCCUACCAUUCAUAUUACUACCCCCUAUACCCCUUCUGUUCAUAUUACUAACCCCCAUACCCCCGUUCCGUUCAUAUUACUACCCCCAUACCCCUUCCGUUCAUAUUACUACCCCCAUACCUGUUCCGUUCAUAUUACUACCCCUCCUAUUCAUAUUACUACCCCCACAGCCCCACCCCCUCUAGUCAUAUUAGUAGCCCCCUUACCCCCUUCAUUCAGAUUAUUAGCCCCCUCCAUUUAUAUUUGUACCCCUCCUACCCCCCUCCAUUCAUAUUAGUACCCCCUUCUACCCCUAUUGGUACCCUUCCACCCCCCUCCAUCCCUAUUAGUAGCCCCUAACCCCUUCCAUUCAUUUUACUACCCACCCCCCUCCCCAAAUUAUAUCUCCCCUCUAACACUUCCAUACUAAAUACCUGGCAGGGCAGGCAGCUGCUUUUUUUCAGAGCCGGCGUCUGAGCUUAUAAUGACGCCGGCUCCACUCUCCCCCUUGCACACUGUUGUUCAAACGGCGCAUGGUGUCAGACUGAGCGCCAGGUAGUCACGUGACACCCGGCGCUCCUAUGCAGAGGGGGAGGCGCUCCCCCUCCCAGUGUACAGUUCCAUUAUGGAGCCGCACGCAGCCUGUCAGGGGGAGGGCAACCAUCAGUUGUCAGUCUGACAAGUGAUUUUUGCGCUCCCCUUCGGCCGGCGGACCUAGGGGCGAUUUCUGCAUUAUCUGUGUGUCCCCCGGAUGAUUUCCUGGGGGGGAUGCGUCCUACGACCGUGAUGUGCAGGCACGGUAGUUUAUGCCAAGAGAUUGUGUAACUUUAGAUUAGCUGGACGGGCAGUUUAUGGGCAAAGUGCUGGACUUUAGGUGCCAGGAGAACCUUGUUUUUUUUUUUUUUGUCAAAGUGCAUACAGUUUCUACAGAGUAGAUGGUACCCAAAAACAUUUAGAGUAUUGCAAUAAUCAGUAGUAGUGUAUAGCGUCCCUUUAAUUGUACUUAAUGAUAUUUCAUCAACCUCUACUCAAUGGAAUCUUUUGAUCCUGGGAUUUGAACAGUUGCUAUAAUUUGUGCAUUAAUCAGCUAAGCUAUAAACAAUAAGUCAGCCUCUCACAGUUAAACCACAAAUACAUAAAAUUGUACUAUUUUUUUAUUUUUUUUGUGAUUAGUUUUUUUCUAACAAUAGCAAUUCAUCUGCUGACAGUGCAACCAUUGUGAAACAAGUAGGAAAAAAUAAAUGAACAGAAGUAUGCAACUUAAACAUGACUUGCCCUUCCUCAGCCUCCUGUCAAGAUGGACGCCAGUAAUGGAAGCAGUACAGGCAGCGUUGCUUAGUAUCUAUCCCAUGAGUACAGCUGAGGAAUGGAUGGAAGAGUAUGCACUGCCAUGUUUCCUGGAAAUUCAGGAACUUGUGAACGACUUGAACACUGCUCUGGGGAACGUAGAGUAGAUCAGUACUCUCUACCGUCAACCAGUAGCGGAGCCUUCAAAUUUAAUGAUUAAAUCUAUUCACACUCCUUGAUUUAUUUUAUUUCUUUUUUUUUACAUUCUGCACCUUUUUCAUAGGAACAAUCUACAAAAAACUAUAUUCAAAAUUAAACCAAAAAAGUUCCAAGAGAGAUUUCAUCUGAUCACUUUAUAAAGUACUGUUUGUUACUCUACUCAAACAUGCUAUAGGUCAGGUGUAGGCAACUUUCUGCAUUCCAGAUUGUACAGACUACAUCUACCAUAAUGCUGGCAAUGCAUCAGGGGAGAUGUAUUUCACAACAUCUGGUGUGCCGAAGGUUUGCCUACUAUUGAGAGAGAUAGAGAGAUAGAUAUAUAUAUAUAUAUAUAUAUAUAUAUAUAUAUAUAUAAACGAGGGCUUGCACUCCUGGUGUAAUCCUGUGGUGCCUGGUGCUGGUCUGGCAAGGAUCAUGUAGACAUAGCAGAAAUGACCGCACUCCAAGGACUCCAUGUGGGAGCUGAAAUGUUGACUUUUUAAAUGGAUUGAAUAAAAGUUACAUUUUAUUUGAAAAUCUCUAUAAAGUCCUUGGAGUGCGGUCAUUUCUGAUAGAUAGAUAUAGAUAUAUCUAUCUAUUUUAAUUAUACUGGAUGCGCUUUUUGCAUUUGAGAAAGCUCUCAUCUCCAAGCAGUUAGAGUUGCUAGUUAUUACGUUCCUGAGUUAAUGUCUAAAGAUUUUACUUAACUGUGAAAUGUACCUGCUGCAGAGCAGGUGGCAAAUUCUGUCCCAUUUACAAAGCCAAGAGUGAGUCAGUAGUUACAUGUGAUCUGCAAAGGUCUUCCACCUUACACAUGGACUAUCGUUAGAAAAACAGAGCAUCUGAACAUUACAUGGCAGGAGAUGGC